CUCUUGUGCCAGGGGUGAUCAGAUAAGAAAUUUCCAGACAUGUGCUACCGGUCUCUCGAUAACUCUCAGAUCGGAUAAAUCACUGGAAAAAACGCCGUUAUUUAUUCACUUAAAAGAAGUAUUUACCACUUCAACAACUAGUAGUAGUCUCGAAGUAUCUUUUACCGUAUUUCACGAUGGCUGUGGUCGGGUUUGAUAUUGGCAAUAGCUCGUCUUAUAUCGCCGUGGCGAGGGGUGGUGGUAUCGAGACGAUAGCCAACGAGUACAGCGACAGACUUACGCCGACAAUAGUGAGUUUUGGCGAGAAGACAAGGAUUCUUGGAUCUGCUGCAAAGACACAGGUUAUCUCUAACUAUAAGAACACAGUCAUCAAUUUCAAGCGAUUGAUGGGCAGGCAAUAUGACGAUCCUCUGUUGCAAGAAGAAUUACCCAGAAUACUCAACGAGAAGGUCAAGAGACCGGACGGGGGUAUUGGUAUCAAGGUCCAAUACAUGAAUGAGAAGGAGACGUUUACACCAGAGCAGGUGUAUGCCAUGCUACUCUCGAAACUGAGGAUGACUGCCGAGGCUAAUCUCCAAACUAAAGUGGUCGACUGCGUCCUGUCGGUCCCCCAGUAUUACACUGACAUUGAGAGGAAAAGCAUACUAAAUGCAUCGACUGUAGCCGGCCUGAACUGCCUGAGAAUAAUCAAUGAUACUACUUCUGCUGCCCUGGCUUAUGGUAUCUACAAGCAAGACCUGCCAGCACCAGAGGAGAAACCCAGAGUCGUGGUGUUUGUGGACAUGGGCCAGUCAUCGCUACAAGUCGCCGUGUCAGCAUUCAACAAGGGAAAACUAAAGAUUCUCAACGUUGCCAGCGACCCCAAUCUCGGCGGCCGAGAUUUCGACCGGGUCCUCGCAGACCAUUUCGCCGAGGAGUUCAAGACCAAAUACCGCAUUGACGCCAAGUCCAACGCCCGGGCCUUCCUGCGACUGAUGCAGGAGUGCGAGAAACUCAAGAAACUGAUGAGCUCCAACGCGACGGAGCUGCCCAUGAACAUUGAGAGCAUUAUGGAUGACAAGGACGUCACUGGACGCAUGAAAAGAGCUGAUUUUGAGGCCCUUGCAGCCCAUUUACUGAAGAGAGUGGAGGCCACACUCAAGUCAGUCCAGUCUCAGAUCAAGCUGAAGCCAGAUGAGCUAUACGCUGUAGAGAUCAUCGGUGGAUCCACUCGUAUACCGGCCGUCAAGGAACUGAUCAAGAAGAUCUUCAAGAAAGACGCUAGCACCACGCUGAACCAGGACGAGGCUGUGGCCAGAGGUUGUGCCCUCCAGUGUGCCAUCUUGUCGCCGACCUUCAGAGUGCGCGAGUUCAACGUGAUGGACGUGACGCCGUACUCCAUCAGCCUGCUUUGGAAGGCUGCAGAAGGGGAGGAAGGUGAGAUGGAAGUCUUCCCCCCUAAUCACCAGGUCCCCUUCUCCAAGAUGUUGACUUUCUAUCGCAAGGAUCCGUUUGAGCUGUGCGCCAAGUACACGUCCAAGGGCAAGGUCCCACACUCGGAUCCAUUUAUAGGCCGGUUUGAGAUCAAGAAUGUCAAGCCCACGGCCGAGGGUGAGAGUUCAAAGGUCAAGGUCAAGGUUCGCGUCAAUGGCCACGGCAUCUUCAAGGUGUCGACGGCCUCCCUGAUGGAGAAGAUCCCUCCCCAGCCAGAGCAGAACGACAAGGAUGCUGCCGAGAAGCCCAACGAGGACGGUAAGGUUGUCAAUGAUGCGGAGGCAGUUCCCAUGGAAACGGAGGAACAGGCCAAUGAGAAUGCAGAGCCGGCGGCGGAACAAGAAGCAAAGAAAGAAAAUGGGGAGAUGGAAACCAACGAAUCUUCUCAGACGACGGAGAAGAAGGCCGACUCCAAUGGCUCAGAUACGGCCGAUGCCGGCGACAAGUCAGAACCUAAGAAAGCCAAGAAGACGGUGCGCUACAUUGACCUGCCCGUGGAGGAGAUUACACACGGAUUCAAGCUUAAAGACAUUAAUAUCUUUGCUGAAAGAGAGGGUCAGAUGAUAGCACAGGACAAGCUGGAGAGAGAAAGAAGUGACGCAAGAAACAGCGUGGAGGAGUACGUCUACGACAUGAAGGACAAACUCUAUGCCCAUCUGGAGCAGUUCAUCGCCACAUCGGAUCGGGAGGCAUUCAUUGGUCUCCUGAACAAGACGGAAAACUGGUUAUAUGAAGAAGGUGAAGACGAAACUAAGAGUAUCUAUGUUGAAAAACUGGCUAAACUCAAGAAAACAGGUGACCCUAUCGUAGAGCGUUACAAGGAAUCGCUGGAGCGGCCUGAAGCGUUUGAGGAGCUCGGGGCAUGCUUGCAGCGCUACAAGAAGGCAUUGACGCAAUACAGUGAAGGGGAUGAGAAGUACGCCCACAUAGAGAAGGCGGAGAUGGAGAAGGUUCAGAAGUUGGCGUCUGACAAGGAGGCCUGGAGGGACAGUAAGCUGAACGCCCAGAACCAACUAGCCCCGCACAACAAACCCAUCGUAUUGGUCAAAGAUAUACGGGCUGAGACUGCUUCUUUGAAGGCCAACUGCGACAAGAUCCUGAACACACCCAAGCCCAAACCCAAGGAAGAGCCGCCCAAGGACACGGAGCCUAAGGAAGGCAACGGAGCCUCCCAGCCCAGCGAUGCCAAGACUGAAGAGACGAUGGAGACAGAGGGCACAGCAGCAGCAGCGGCAGCAGCAGCAGCAGCAGCGGGCGGAGACCAACCCAGUCAAGAAGGGGGCGGCGGCGGCAUCGAUGUAGACAUGGAACUCGAUUGAUGUAUAUAAAUGAAUAUAUAAGAAUAGAUCCCUUAAUGUAACAGUGAUCAAGAACGUAAGUCUGCUACCUCAUGAAGUGUGCCAGCGUGUUACGACGCAGCCUGGUGCGAUUUGUCUCAUUCAAGUUGAUUAUGUAACACCUCAAUGCUUUAUGAGAUGUUACGCCAACCACCUAAAGAAGGUUAAAACUACUUGAGGCUUUGUAUGAUGAAGCAUUGGUAGCAGUGUGCAAGAACCCAGUGCAUAAGUGUCUGAAUUUUUGAAAUAAAGUGGUUUCAUUUGGGAAGAAUGCAAAAUUAAACAAGGGUUAACUUGAGGUUUUACCCUGAGGUACCCCACAACAUCCUGCCAAACCUCGUAAAACCUCGAGGUAAACCUCAAGUAAGCGCCUCUUUUAUUUCACAUUCUCCCCUUAUGGACUGCGUGCACAAACAAUCGAUGGUGCUUUUUGAUUACUUUUGAGAACCCUGUGCAAGAGACAUACCAUGUGUGCAUGCUGGUUCAUGCUUGUAUGGCGCAAAGUAGGCAUGACUGUUAUGAAUAUGCACGUACCUAUGGCGCUUGCAUGAGCAUCAGACGUCAUCGGCAAUGCGUUUAAAAGUCUCUCCAAGAGGUCUCCCCCAACUCUCUCUUUGUUAACCAUUGUGGGGGUAGUUGUGCACAGAGCCCACAGUACAUAUAAAGCUGGAUAGGAAAUUCACAGUUCUCAGAGCAAGCUUCGCAAAGUUUGCUAACCUGCUUGUGACUGAUUCCCGGCCGAUUGUCGCUUAGCGCAUAGAUUUUCCCGGCAUCAACUUCUGCUCAUAUUUACACACAGAGAACAUCUGAAUAGCACAUCGUAAGAAUCACGACUGGCAUACUUCAUGCUAACAGUAGGCGUCUGGGAUAUAUAUAGGGACAGUGCUUUAAUUACAAUCAUAUUUGUUGUAAUAUAUACAUGUAUACUUCCGCCCUCUUUGUUGGGGGACAGUGGGUGGGAAAUUAAUGUUUGGAUAAUAUAGGGGAGGAUGUAGGCUUAUUUUAUACAAUGCUGGCCAAUAUGGCUUUAAUGUAAAAAAAAAAAAUAGGUGUAUUUCUGUAACUCCCUUUCAACUGUGCAUUCACAUCUGGUGCUCACUUUACUCUGAAGAAAUGAGUAUUCAGUUAGUGUUUUCUGGAAUCCCCUGUCUUCGAAAUUUGUGACUGAAUUUUAUAAGACCGGAUCACAUAUGUUGAUUUUAUCCACCAUCCGGUCAUCCCAAUAAUUGUUUGGAAACUUUGGAGGAUCAGAAUAAUCGGGUAAUGAAAUCAGUUUCUGUCGUUCUAAAGCAGUCACUUGAUUUAGAAAAAAAGAAUAACUUAAUUAAUAAUAAUGUGUCACAUUUCACAAAUUAAUAGUAUGUGAGUGUGUUGUAUACCCACAAUUUGUUACCUUUUGUGUUCUGAAUUGGCAGUAGAUUUAUGUAUUUGCAGUCUUUUUGUCAUUGGAAAAGCUAAAAAGCUGUUGUACAUUGCUUUGUACAUGUGGGAAUUUUCGCCAAGUAACUUAAAUUAUACAUGUAUUUUGGAAUAUGAACAAUGUGUAACCCUGUCCACGUUUUUGUCAUUUCAAGGAAGAACCAGACUAUAUUACACCAUUAUUUCAUCUUAUUUUAUCCAAGACUACAGCAUAGAAAGAGAAAAACAUAAAUCAAGAAAGUGUUUUGUAGGGAUACAUGCAAAGCCAAUUAACUAAAAUUAACAUGAGAUGUGUAAUGGAGAUCAAGGUAAUGUUUUCCAGAUAGAUAGUAAUUGUUUUAGAGGAAAUUAAAAAACUUAAUAUUGAAAUGCUAACGGCUGCGUGAUGCACGAGAGGAAUAUUUUUAAACCUGCAGUAAACCAUGUGCAUCAUAUUCACUGUGGUUUUCCUGAUGUUGAAAAUAAAAAAAAAUGGAAAUCUGCAAAAA